CAGAAGUCGGAGGAAGCGUUUCCCAAGUGUAACGUCUUUGUCGGUUCCGGGUUCCUGUAUAACAACAUUUGAAAUGAACAUGGCGCUAAAAAUUACCACUACUGAUCAAGCGUCCGAUUUCCAGUUGGGAAAGUACAAAGGACUGUUUAACAGUCUGCUUGAGGGGCAAAAUGAGAUUGCCGAAAACGUCAAGACCGAUCUCAUGCAGGAACUAUUGUCGACAUUUGAAACCGCGGUUCGAGAGAAUAUCAUUGUUGAUGGAUGUUCAAAUGACGAGGUUCGGCAUGAGGAUGGCGAGAGAAUAACAUUGGACGAUAUACUGGAUGAAAAAAUUGUUGAGACAACCAGAAAGCGCAGCUGUUAUCCAAAGAAGAUCAUUCCCUUUGUUGUGCGAUCGCUGAAGGCAGAACGAAAACUGAUGGAGAUGUACGAGCAUACAGCAGACACGGAGGAGUUGGAACGGGAAGCCUUUCAAGAUCACAUCAUGAAAAAUGUGUCCGAGGGAGUACCCAAACGUUUCAGACAAGUAACCGCGGUAAUGAAGUCUUUGCAGGAGGUGUGUGUCCGGGCAGAAGGUCUGCACCAGGUCCUUACCCUCCAGCCUUCAGUGAAGUCUUUGGAGAUCUACAGAGAGGUGGUUGACAGAUACAGAGAGGAAAACAGUUAAAGAGUAAUGCUACCUUGUGUACCUAAUGUUUUGUCACCAUGCCUCUAAAAGUAGCCACCAACAUGACUCUAAACACCCUGAGAAGGAGAAGGACUUUCACUUUCCGGGAUUUACCACAAGGGGGCACUCUAAUUCCACUGACAUUACAAUAGCCUCUAACAGGCUGCCGUAGAGUUUCCAGCUGCAGUGUUGGCAGUCCAGAGUAAUAGUCCCUGCACAAUACAUGUUCAAGAAGUGAUGGAGUAGAUAUAACAAAUUGGAUGCAAAACGUAUUAAAUGAAUAUUGGUCAUACA